AUGGCGAGGUGCAAAGUGAAGCUGGUGAGGAUCGCCAACGCCGGCUCCCGCCGGACGACGCUCAGGAAGAGGCUCAAGGGCCUGAUGAAGAAGGUUCGGGAGAUGACGGUGCUCUGCGGCGUGGAGGCGGCUGCGGUGGUGUACGAUCCUCAGGAUCCUCUGCACCCGGCGGCGUGGCCGUCGCGGCGCGAGGCGGCGCUGUUGCUCCAAGGCUUUCGCGCGUUGCCGGAGGUCGAGCGGCUGCGGAAGAUGACCAGCCAGGAGGCGUUCCUCCGCCAGCGCGUCGCGAAGAUGAGAGACCAGCUCCGCCGCCAGCAGCUGGCCAACCACGAGCUCGAGAUGUCGGCGAUCCUCUUCGAGGGCCUCUCCGGCCGGAGUCUCCAUGACGUCGGCAUCGAGAACGCCUACUCGCUUUCGCUGCUCGUCGACAACAAGCUCCAGGAGAUCGCCGCGAGGAGGCAGGAACUCGCCGUGCAACUGGCCGUGACCUCUGCACCACCACCUCCUUCGUCGGCUCCUAUGACUCUGCAGCAUAAUAUCAACUGGCCGCCGCCAUUCUCGAGCACGAUCACGAGCCCGCCAGUUCACGCUCCAGCGCCGGUGCACAACAGUCACGCCGUCGCCGGCAACUUGCACAAUAUCGACCAAUUCUCCAGCGCCAAAAUCGAUCCUUUCCGGUGGAGUGACUCCUUGUUCUCUUAAUCCAAAUUCAUACAAGUUCAGAAUCUGGUCCCUCAACAGUUUGCUUUAUCGAUCUUCUUCUUGUUUCAUGUUU